AGAGUGGCCUGUUCUGGAAAUACAUGUGGAAUCACACAAUAUAUAGUCUUUUGUAACUGUGUAUUUCACUUAGCAUAAUGUUUCAAAGUUUAUCCAUGUUGUAGCACAUGUCAGUACUGCAUUUCUUUUUAUUGCCAAAUGAUGUUCCACUGUUUGAACAGACCGCAUAUAGUUUAUCCACUUAUCAGUUGAUGAACAUUUGGGUUGUUUCCACUUUGGGGCUUUUGUGAAUUAUGCUGCUAGGAACAUUCAAAUACAAAGUGUUUGUGUGACUACCUGCUUUCAUUUCUCCUAGGUAGAUACAUAAUAGAGGAAUUGCCGGGUCAUCAGGUAACUCUGUUAUCUUUUGAGGAACUGCCAGAGUAUUUUCUAAAAUGGCAGCAUCGUUUUACAUCCCCACGGGCAGUGUAUGAGAGUGUCAGUUUCUCCAUAUUUUCACUAGCACUUGCUACGGUUAUCUUGGGACUUUGUUUUAAACAGGGUCCCUCUGGCUGCUCUGUGCCGAACAGGCUGAGGGAGACAGAGAUAUUAAUAGAAGCUGGAGACCCAGUGAGUAGGGACUAUAAUUGUCCAAGCUGCAGGGCAUGGUGCCUGGACCAGAAUGGGGGCAGCAGAGGAGGUGAGAAGUGACUGGAUUGUGGACAGACUUUGAAGAUGGAGUUAAUGGGAUUUGUUGCUAGAGCAGUUGUGGGGUGUGAGAAAAGGAGGCGGGGAAUCAAGAUUGACCCAUCAACUGAGAUGAAUAAGACUGGUAGGAGAGGGUUUGGCAGGUGGAAUCAGGAGCUCAGUUUUGGGCAACUGAGUUUGAGAUACUGCAGACAUUCAUAUGGAACGUCCGGUAGGGACUGGGUAUUCCAUGCUCGAUUUACUGUUGGAAGUCAUCGCACGUUUCCUUAAUAAUUCAAGUCAGAAUUGAAUCUGCAAUCCAGGGUCUCAGUUUCUCCCUCCAGAAAAUGGGAUCAGGAGUACCACUGCCAUGAGGCUGGGGAAUUCCUCUGCAGCACAGGGCAGGGUUGCACAUCUGGAAACCAAGGUAAUGCGUAGAGUGAAAAGGUCCACAACCGGGAAGAGAAAUGGAGGUUACGCUUGGUUCAGACAGCGUCCGCCUGUCCAUCUCCCCGCCCCCAGCCUCUGGCUGCCAUUAGAGACAGGGAGGGAAGAUUGGGUCGUCACCCUGUCUUUCCCCGCUCUGAGCCGUGUUUCCUCCUUGGGGGCUGCCCGGGCCAAAACUGCUGAUGGAAAGCAGCUGCGGGAGGCGCCGAGGUUAGGCGUAAACCCAGGCCCCUCCCCGGCGCCGGCCGACCCCGCUAAGGGAGGGGGACGGGGGCGCCCUAACUCCCCUCCGCUCUUCCGCAGCCGGGCCCGGGGCCCUGGCACGUCCGGCGCGCCUGAUGCUUUCCAGAUCCAUGUCCAACAACAUGGCCAAGAUCGCAGAGGCCCGGAAGACCGUCGAGCAGCUGAAGCUGGAGGUGAACAUCGACCGCAUGAAGGUGUCGCAGGCAGCGGCCGAGCUCCUGGCCUUCUGCGAGACUCACGCCAAAGAUGACCCGCUGGUGACGCCGGUACCCGCCGCAGAGAACCCCUUCCGAGACAAGCGCCUCUUCUGCGUCCUGCUCUGAUCCCUCCCGACAGUUUGACCCCCGCACCCCGUCAAAAUAUGAAUCCAAUAAACGUGGUGACUGCGGGGGUGCCUGUGCUCUCAGGGAAACUGAGGCACAUGCAGAACUUGGGGCCACCAUAGAGGA